AUGUCCGGCUUUAGCCUUUCCGAGUAUCUGACCAAGUUCCAAACAACAGAUCGAGAAUCAUAUCCUCGCUUGCAGGACCCAUCCAGAGAACUGAAUGUUAUCAUAGACCAAUUGGCCGUUUCACCCGAACAAAUAGAUGCUAGUCCAGAUUCACUAGAAGCAUUAAUAGAUCUUUGCCAUGACUUCCCGCACUUAACACCGAAAUUACAAACUCAACUAAGCUAUUUGAUAAGUUCAUCUCUGUCGAAUCUGUCAAAAGAUAUUAAGGCUAAUCUCUCAUCAAAUGUUAACUUUACUGAAAUUGGUGGCCUGAUACCGCAGUGGAAAAGGCAUUUAGAAGAGUAUGGCUACCUUAUUCAGGUACUUUUGACGUUUUUACAAGAUGAGUUACAUAAGGUCUCCUCGCAGUCUACCAAUCUAAACCGUUCUGCCAAAAACAGUAAGAAUGAUAGUGCAAACGUCGAGCUGUUUAAAAGAGACUGUAAUCAAAUGGAAAACUUGCUUGAAUCUAUAACAAAGCUACUGGAGAUUAACUUAUCUAAGAUAUUUCAGACAACUCCUGAAAAGGAUUUGUUUAUUGGUUUGUUCACAAGACCAUUAUUUGUGUUAUUAGAGAUUGAACCUGUGACGAAGGUAUCAUCACUAAAGAUGUUUAUUCAAAGGAUUUUGGCUAUGUGUGUUAAAAAUCACGGUCAAAGUUCAAGUAUACAAAGUUCAUUGAUGACAAAUUUAACUUAUUUUCUUCAUUUGUCGGUUUUUAAUGCAGAAUUACUAAAACUAUUGAAUGAUGAAUAUAACUAUCCACAACUAACAGAAGAUAUCUUGAAAGAAAUCAGCACCAGGGUAUUUAACGCAAAGGAUACCACAGGCCCAAAGGCAAUAUCAAAUUUUUUGAUUAAAUUAUCAGAGCUAUCACCAGGAAUAAUGCUUCGACAGAUGAAUCUUGUCAUCACCUUACUCAACAAUAGUUCUAUAACAUUGAGAUGUUCCGUUGUAGAAGCAUGUGGAAAUAUUGUGGCUGAAUUGGCUCAAGACCCACAAACUAUGGAACAUUAUAAACAACAAAUAGCCGUACUUAUUGAGUUACUAGAAGAAAGAUUCCAGGAUUCAAAUCCCUACGUUAGAACGAAGGCGAUACAAGGGUGUUCAAAGAUCUGCGAUUUGAGUUCGAAAUUUAACAAAAGCAAAGCUAAAUUUACUUCGUUGGCAGUACGAUCAUUGCAGGACCGCUCCUCUUUAGUUCGUAGGAACUCAGUAAAGUUACUUUCAAAAUUAUUGCUAAAACAUCCUUUUAAGGCCAUACAUGGUAGCCAAUUGAGGCUGAGUGAAUGGGAAGAAUAUCUCAAAGGAUCUGAAUCACAGCUAAAUUCCACUUUAAAGAAAGUAGAGUCACAAGAAACUCUGAAUGACACGAUUGAAAGGUCUUUGAUUGAAGAAGAGGUAGAACAAGAUGAAGGUCAAUGUAGGACCGAGUUAGAAGGUUCUUUCAAUAAGAGCGCAGAACUUUCUAGAAUAGAAAAUGAGGUAGAGAAUAUAAAUGCAACAAAUACCAGUGUUCUCAUGAAGCUAAAGUUAAUGAUUGUUUACUAUAAAGAUGCCAUUAGUUUCAUUAAAGAGAUACACAAGAGUAUUGAAUUGAUAUCUAAUUUGCUGUUUUCUAAGAACAGAAACGAAGUUUUAGAAUCAAUGGACUUCCUAGUUUUAGCAGACGCUUUUGACAUUGAGUUAAGCGAAUUUGGUAUAAAAAAAAUGCUGCAUUUGGUUUGGAUGAAGGGCACAAACGAUGAAGGAACGAGUAUAUCAGUACAUUUGAUAGAAUGUUAUAAGCAGCUAUUUUUAACCGCGCCAGAUAGUUGCAAUAUGCAGGAGAAGGCGGCACAUAUUGCCAAAAAUUUAAUUAAUCUAAGCAUCGGCGCAUCUAUUGCAGACUUGGCCUCUUUGGAACAGCUAUUAGGAAUGAUGUAUGAACAAAAAUUGAUUGAUCAACAUGUCAUUAAUAUCCUUUGGGCUAUUUACAAUUCUGCAUCGAAGGCCAGUAUGCAGAAAGAACAAAAUGUGAACAACCGUGACUCCGAAAAAGGGUUUUCUAAGGAACAAAUUCAUGGUUCUAUUAUUAUUUUAGGAAUGUUAUCGUUAGCCGAUAACGAAAUAGCAUUAAAAGGACUGGAGUCACUUUUAAACAUUGGACUUGGUGCCGUUGGUUUAAAAGAUCUGACCCUUUGUCGGUAUUCUUGUUUAGCGUUAGAGAGAAUGGUUCCCAAGAGAAGCACUAUUAUUACCAAGGCAAUAAAUCAAGAGCUUGAAGAUGUUGCAGUGAAAAAGUUGUAUGCCAUAAUUAUCAACUAUACCAAGGAUAAUGAAUAUUAUCCUAUGUGCGAACAAGCGCUUAGUGCACUGUUUACAAUCUCUUCUAAGCCCGAUAUACUAGCUACAGAUCUGAUUAGAGAAAAGACAAUGAUGACAUUUGGUAAACCUGAAGAGGAAGACUCUAUUUUGUCGUUAGAACAAUCAUCUAGAGUUGUUUCUCUCAGUCAAUUAUUAUUCAUUGUAGGACAAGUGGCAAUUAAAACACUUGUCUAUCUAGAGAAAUGUGAGGCAGAAUUCAAGAAAAGAAAGAUCGAGGCAGAAACUCGGAACGGUAAAGUAAAAAACCAAGGUGCAGAUGUAACUAACACCACACAAGAUAACGGUGGUGAUAAAGAGCUAGAAAUGAUAGGAGGUACUAAUGAGGACGAUUUCACGGAUGCUAUUCAAUUUGUAAAAGAGAAUGAAUUACUAUUUGGAGAAAAAUCUAUAUUAGGGAAGUUUUGCCCAAUUGUAGAAGAGAUUGUUUCUAAUUCAAGCAGGUUUAGCGAUCCAAUGCUUCAAAGAACGGCAACCUUAUGUCUAGAAAAACUAAUGUGUUUAUCAUCAAAAUAUUGUGAAAAGAGCCUGCCGCUAUUAAUCACAGUAAUGGAAAAAUCUCCUGAUCCUACUAUUCGCUCAAAUGCUGUCUUAGGACUAGGUGACAUGGCAGUAUGCUUCAACAACUUAGUAGACGAAAACACAGAUUAUUUGUAUCGCCGUUUGCAUGAUGAAAACUUAAUGGUACAAAGAACAUGUUUAAUGACAGUUACCUUCUUGAUUUUAGCUGGACAGGUUAAGGUUAAAGGACAAUUAGGAGAAAUGGCCAAAUGCCUAGACAAUCCAGACCAGGGAAUAAGUGAUAUGUGCAGAUUAUUUUUCACCGAGUUAGCAUCCAAGGACAACGCCAUUUAUAAUGGAUUCAUCGAUAUCUUUAGUAAUUUAUCGUCAGAUGAUUUAUUGGGUAAGGAGAGUUUCAAGAAAAUCAUCAAAUUUCUGUUAACUUUUAUCGAUAAGGAACGGCACCAAAAGCAAUUAAACGAGAAAUUAGUUGGAAGACUGAGAAAGUGCGAGACCCAAAAGCAAUGGGAUGAUAUUGCAUUCGUACUAAACAAUCUACCAUACAAAAAUGAAGACGUCACUGCAUUAUUGGAGCAAGGUUUCAAGGUUGUAUCCGCAAAAGAAUAA